AUGUUGAUGGACUUGGAUUUUGCGGUAUCCGCGGAGGGCAAAGAGGACGAUGAUCCUUUUUUGGCGCCCAACCUAACUGUUCUAUCUUCUCCAAGUGGAUUCUUGUGCUUCUGCGGGAAACAGGUUUUGAACAGCUAUUUUGCACGUCAUCUAGCGAAUAGCUGUCCUGUUGCAAAGUCAAAGGGAGUCACAAGGGACGACGUAAAAUUCAAAUAUGAUGCCAAACCCAAACUGAUGAGGGCUUUUAUUUGUGUUCCAUGUGGGCGACUAUAUCUUAAAAGAGACUCGUUCUCCAAACACUUCAAAAGGAACAAUUCUACAAAAUGCAGGCAUGAAAGGGUGAAUUUUGAGCGGGAGUGCAUGGCGUAUCACACGCUGCACUACAUAGGUCCAACGCCAGGUGCAAGCCAGUUGGAGUCCGGAAUAAGUGGGGGCGGUAUUUAUGUGGAUAGAGUUGUACAGGAGAGUGCAGUAGAUGGGUUGGUUCAAGAUCAAUUGCCAGACGACGCUAUUUUAUUGUGUCUUGGCACUAAUCAUGCUGCUCUAAAGAAUGAACUGGUUGACAAGAUGAAGUCGCCCAGCUGUCUGGUCGAGAUUUUGCUACCACUCCUUGUUUCAACAAUUGGAUCAAAAUCACCAGCAACCUUUGUUCAGGCUGGAAUAGAGCGUGUGCGCGAGGGUCCGGAUUCCCCAAUGGCGUUUAUUUCAGGGGCAGACAAAUGGAUGCGCCAGUAUUCAGCAAGGAUGGUUGCCAUGUUGCCUGGGAGUGUUCGCCAUGAGAUGCUUUCAUUUCGCGUCGAUACUGAGUAUGAAAGCAUUUUCACGGUGAGAAACAAGAUUGAACCCGUCUGCUCCGAGUUGAAAAAGAUUAUUCAUUUCACAUGGAAGGCUUUUGGUUUGAUCCAUGGAUUUGUUGAUGAACAGGCACCACUACAAGUCCCAAAGUAUCUGUACAUGUUAAAAUCUUUGAAGGGUGCAUAUGCCAUUGGCAGCACUUUGGCAACAAUUCUUUACAUCUGCUGUCUGGGCAGUCUUGGAGAGGCUUUCAAGUGUAAUGGGAAUAAUUAUAUUGGUCGACAGCUGGCUCUCUGCAAGGAGGUACAACAAGGACGGGUCAUCCAGACUCUGUCGCCGCUCAUAAGGCAGGUUCGAGAAUAUGAGAAACAGAGGAAGAAUGGCAGAUCAGGGGACAAUGUGUCACAGAAUGGAGACGUGGUGGUAUCUGGUAGCAGGUACCCAAAGGCUUUAUGGUCACAGCUUAUUCCAAAGAUCAGGGAUAGGUUUCAGACUCUCUUCUGCGAGAUUCUUGGAGCAAACGGGAACACACUUGUAUCAGCUCUAUUGGAUCCAUCCGUCAGUCUGAAAACAAGUUUUGGGAGCCAAUGGUACCACUUUGAAGUGGGCGUCCAGCUAAAUUCGACCCAUUUCCAAUUCAAAAGGGAUUACAGAGUGAUGGAGAAGAUACACUGUUUUGUGCAGCUGGUAUUUCACGGGGUUGGAUUUGGCGCCAUGAGGCAUUCGGAGAUCAAGGAGAUGGAAGAUUGUGCAAUGCCUAGAUUUUUCAAUGAGCAGACUGGGUACAGCCCCAUGAGUGGGAUUAAACCAACACAGGUUGCGCAGGAUAUUUUUGGCUUGGAUCAUGAACCAACAAUGCUUGAUCUACGCCAUGUUUGGACCGACAUAACUGGAUUUAUAUUUGGUUCUACCAUGUCCAGAGGCGAGUUGGACGUGAUUGCACGGCAAACAGGGCACUCGUCCACUACCCAUCAAUCCCAUUAUGCCAUUGAGAGACCAUUGGACGAGAUGUUUCGAAUCUUUCAUAAGAGUCUGGGGGAGAAAAGCCAGAAGUUGCUGGGAUUGUUUCUGGAAAUGAAAGAUGUUGAGCGUGCCAUGAAAUGUGUUUACGGCAAAGGGGCCAUGUUCUUGGAUGGGCAGGAAGAGUUUCUUCGUCUUGUUGUUGCAAAUCCAGGGAAGAAUGUCCACGCAACCAUUCCAUGUGGGUGUGGGAAGAGUGCAAGUUACUUUUUAAUGGCAAAGGCAGCCGAGCUUUUGGGUGUUAACGACGGUGUCAGCUGUGUUGUGGUGCCAUAUGCAUUUCUAUUGGACCACAUGCUGGAGGUUUCACAUAAACUUGGUGUGCAAGCAAGAGUUGUUCGUUCUCCCAGCAUCUGCAGGGGUAUGGUGCCAGAUGAAAUCAAAGAGAGUCUACCAUCAAUCUUGCUUUUUACUGUGGAUUCGUUUGCAAACAUGAUGGAGAAGAGCGGAUCAUUUGUUGGGCAAUGGGUCGAAGAUGGUUACCGGUAUUAUUUGUUUUGA